AAUCAAGCGGUGGAUACAAGGGGGAAAAGGCGGGCAGCCCAUCAGAGAGAGAGAGAGAGAGAGAGCUCUACUGAAUCAAUAUGUGGCCACAAUUAACAGUCUGAUGGCACCGACUGUCAGCAGAAGCCACAAGCUGUGUUUCUAGAUGAUGGGGACGGAUUUGGUCUUCCUCUUGCACUUUCUGUAGGAGUUGUGGCUGGUUCACAAUGAAUCGCUCACACACGGCAUGGAAUGUAGCCUGAGCUGGUAUCAUUCAGAUUUCACUUCCCCGGCCGCCUUCCGAAAGAAACUUUUGCUGCUCUUCACCAUGUUGCUCCUGUGGGUCUACAUCUUCUACUCGUGCACCGCCCUCUGCCUCUCGGUGCCCAGUCUGGGCUACGGACACGACUCGGGCCGUCAGAGGCCGGGCGACCCCGAGCUCCCACCCAAACUGCGGCUCCGAGCCCAGCAGGAGGGAGGUGAGGGGCGGCUGGCCCGGGACCAGCCGCUCGCCUCCAGGUCGGCUUCCAGAGACUUGCUGCAGGAGGACAACGGCGAAGCCACCGAGGAGAGUCCCACAGCCGUCAGCGGGCACUCGCUCAAGCCCUUUGAUCUCAGCCUGGGCGGCUACGGAGCCAAGAAGCUCCCGCAAGCCAUCAUCAUCGGGGUGAAGAAGGGGGGCACCCGGGCCCUACUCGAAUUCCUCCGGGUCCAUCCCGACGUCCGGGCCGUGGGCGCAGAGCCGCAUUUCUUCGACAGACACUACGAUAAGGGCAUGGAGUGGUAUAAGGAUUUGAUGCCUAAAACACUGGAUGGACAAAUCACCAUGGAGAAAACUCCCAGUUAUUUUGUUACCAAGGAGGUAGCUGCCCGAAUCUAUGCAAUGUCCAAGGAUGCCAAGCUAAUAGUGGUGGUUCGGGACCCUGUCACUCGGGCUAUUUCUGACUACACGCAAACUCUCUCCAAAAAACCCGAUAUCCCCAGUUUUGAGAGCUUGACCUUCAAAAACAGGACUACAGGCCUGAUUGACACCUCAUGGAGUGCUAUUCAGAUUGGCAUCUAUGCCAAGCACUUGGAGAAUUGGCUACAGUACUUCCCAAUGCACCAGAUUCUGUUUGUGAGUGGAGAGAGGCUGAUCAGUGACCCAGCGGGAGAACUAGGCAAAGUCCAAGACUUUCUGGGUCUGAAGAGGAUCAUCACAGACAAACAUUUCUAUUUCAACAAGACCAAGGGCUUCCCUUGCUUGAAGAAGCCAGAGGGCAGCAGCAAGCCUCAUUGCCUGGGCAAAACAAAAGGCAGAACCCAUCCCAACAUUGAGCCAGAGGUGAUUCAGAGGCUGAGAGACUUCUACCGGCCUUUCAAUAUGAAAUUUUACCAAAUGACGGGACAGAACUUUGGCUGGGACUAAGGUCAAUUUAACCUCAUGUAAUUACGAUAAAGACAUGUGAAUUUAUUGCUCUAUAUAUAUAUGUAACUUGUACAGAAAUCUAUUUUAUAAUAAUUUAUUUUUAAUUCUUAAGCAAUUAAUUCACUAAGCUGCCUAACCACACUGUAUAUAGAUCAGCCCAUAUCUUCUAACAUUCCACCGUUUUUAAUUGCAUUGCUCAUUGAUGGUGCUGUCAUUCAUUGAUUAAGAUUUAAUAUCCAAAAGCACAACUUUUUGUUACGGGUAUUCAGUGUUCAUAUGGUCUAAUAAUUGGGCAUUUGACUCCUUGCCGGUCUAUAUUGGCUUCAUGCAGAAAGUUCUGGUUGUAAAAGUCCAUCAAGAAAGCAAAAUGUGGUCCAAUGGUACGAGUCAGUGCAGAAACUGCACAUAACUGUUGAGCAUAAGAAAAUCUUGUUUGCCUAUUGACAACAAAAAGGGAAAAAUAAUCAACCUAUUUCCAUACCUUGCUUAAAUCACUAGUUGUAGCAACUGUAUCCAAGGCCUCUAAUGACCAGAUAAUUACCAGUAUCUUGCUGCAUCUUGCUGCUUGGGUCCUUUGUUUUGUCUUCUCUCUUUAAGGUCAUCAAGACCAUUGUCUAUUCAUUUCAAAGCAUGAAUUAGUCUAUCAUUCUGUGAAGUUUGUGUAAAUGGAGAUCCCAAUAUUGAUUCCAAACUCCCUCUCCCAUCAACUUGGAGCCAAAUUUGGAAAGACAUCCAUUUAUUCUCCCUCUUGUAUUUAGACAGCCAUAUGAUUAAUUUUGAUCAGUUGGGUUGUGACCUAUAGACUGAAAAUUCUCUUCAUUUAAUACCCAUGACCCAUGUGGCAGGAAGAUAGUUAUAAUCAUUUGAUUAUGGCCAGCUCGGAGGCUGCCAUAAAUGCCUGUAAGGUUAUUGUGAAAAUGGAGUUGUCCAGCUCUUUCACUGGUCAGCUAUGGUCCUGCAGGCACCAUCAUCUCCAGGGUGUAAUGGUUAUGUAGUUAACUCGAUGUUUCGAUAUUUUGUGAAAAUGUUGGUUGAAUUCUAAAAUGUAACAUGGUUGUGAAAUAAGAGGAAGAAGUGAUGCUGUCAGUUCAAAAUGAAACAUGAACCAGUGCUGCCUGAAACGGUUUGCUGGAAUCUGAAUAUUGAUUUGCACCAGUGAAAGAGUUGGAAAUCUCCUGAAAGUGAUUACAAAACAACACAAAACACUUUGGCAACUGGUAAUAGAGAAGUUAUUUUCAGGCAUGAACUUUAGCUCAAAUUGUGUCCACACAUUUCAUAAGUAGGAAAAUUUAAACCAGGAGGACAACCUGUGCAAAAACGUGACUUAUUGUGUAUUCCUGGUGGGUCUUGGCUAUGUUCAAACCUUUAUUGGAUCCUAGCGUCUUGUUUGAGCCCUGGGCAAGAAAUUGAAACCAAAAGGACCACAGUGAUGAAAUCUCCAACAAUGUUAUUCAAACCCAUUUCUAUGUUGUGCUACAAAUAAUAUGCUGCCUUUUUUAUUUAAGAAAGGGGCAUUUCAAUCCAUUUGUCUGUUAUUUAGCCUACAAACACACUGACCUAUUAAGAUUAAUUAGAAUUUUUGUUAAUGAACAAAGCACAAUUUUUCACAUUUUUUUUAUUUUGAUUUUUGUUAAGAUUCUCACUUUGCAUGCUAUCCUGUUUUAACCCAUAGAUUCAGGUUUUGUCUUUUGAAAGUAAAAUCGUUCUUGCUUUUAAGAGCAGAAAAUCUUGUCCAAAAUGCCACCUUUCAGUGACAACGAUUGUUCCUGUACAAAAUGGAAGCUAUCUGUAACGUGCUAUGAUGUCAAAUGCACUGAGGCAGCAGCAAAGUGCUCUAUAGCACUUAUGCCAUUGAAAUGAAUUACACAUCUGUUCAGUUCUGCCCUAUGCGUAAUAUCGCAGCAUAUCCAAUCCAUUGUCUUCCGAAGGGUAAAUUUAUACCUUGAAAUGGUGGUUAGCUAUCAGUUUGUAAUAAUAAAUAUGUGGUUGAGUUUUAUUCAGCCUGCAUUCAGAAGUACAGAUAUUAGCAAAUUUCUUCUGAUAAUAUUGUACUUUAGAUUAGUUAAUGUGUAAAAAAAAGUAAAUCAAGUAUUUUGUGGUAUGUACAACAGAAAAUUAAUUUUACACAGAUAAAAAUGUUUCUUUCUAGGAUAUUGAAUAAAAGCAUACUGUUUCUUAUUAUGAAGAAACAAAUAAAAUAUAUUUUACCAAACUGAUGGUCUUUCUUUGUUCUGAAUAUGAAAAGUUUGUUCAUAGCUUUAACAAUUGAGUGGCUCUUUACCCUUCAGAUAAAAGGGAGGAUGUAGAAUUAUUUAACAAUUAGUUUUAUUGCUCUGAUAUUUUGAUGUAUGCUCCCUCCCUUUUAAAGAAGAAAAACUUGAAUAAAUCUAGCUAGAAAGACAUGCAAUUUAUUCACAAUUACACUGAUAAUAUGAACAAUAUUCCAAAUCCAAUGUCAUAACUUCAAAGCCAACUCAACUGGAACUGAAUUGAUCUGUACCUUUAUCUAGCACCAGCAGUCUCCCUACUGAAGAAAUGCAAAAGUUUUUAAAUAGACACUUUGUGAAUAAAGCUCAUUAAAAGUACUCUUUUUCUUUCUCAAUGUGGCAGUAUUACUUAAUGAAGAUUACGAAUAGAAAUGUUGGCCUAGUUUAUGAUGAAAUGAGAUUAUCUGUUCAAAAAACAACCAGCCAUAAUACCAUACACAGUUCUUAUAAUAUUACUGUUUAGUAGUGUGGGAAAGGGAAGUUAUAUGAACCGAACCAUGAAUGCUGCUCUUUUGGGGUGUAAUCUUAACCCUGUGGGAAAUGGACAGGAUUGGAUCUGUUCCCCAUUUUACACCCCUAUCUGCAAUGAACUGAAAGUAAAAUCAGGCAGAUAUAAAACAGGCAGCAUAUCUGAUCCAAUAGGUUCAGGACAUAAUUGAACUGAUUCCUAGAGAGAGAACGGGAUAAAGGAUAUGAUGAUAAGGGAGAUGAUAGAGUUGGCCUACUGAAAAAGGAAUAGGCUUUUUAGCUGUUGCUAAAUAUUAUGCUGUCAUUCACUGAGUACCUGGUAGAUUACAAGGAGGUUAAGGUUUUAACACUGCAUUCACCUGAAUAAAAGCCAGUUUUAAUAAUGUGAAAUGCUUCUGCUCACCUAAAGGUCGAGUUAUUGUUUAUUCAGAGUUGAGAAAUGUCUAACCUACAAAAUGGAUGGUUUUUGAGCGUGAUGGAACAAACUGAUAGCUGUUUAUUUUUGUACAAUAACAAACUUUUAUUUGAAAAAUGGAAAGUCUCACUAUAUGAGCUUUAAAAGGUAAUUAAUUGUGAAGGAUUAGGCCUAACAGCAUUUCAUGCUUUAUUCCUCUUUCUGCUACAUGUUUGUAACUUUGAGAAAUUAUCGAGAUGAAUGGUUUGCACCUCUAUGAAUGCUUGUGCAAGUAUUAGCUCAGAUCUAUUGCAUUGCCAGGAUCAGUGAGCCCCCCUCCAAGCCUAAUGAUCUCAUCUAUACAUGAGGUUGAUUGAAACAGGAUAAUAUGUAAAGUUAGCUCGAAUUAUAUUUUUAUGUGUUUGAGAUAGUGAGACUCCCUCUAAAGAUGUAUUGCUUUAUGAGUUUAUUUCGUAAAUGUUGAGUGUUUAUUAUAGCGCACACAGACAAAUAUGUCCUUUUUCUAACACUAUGUUCUUUGACACACGCUAUGAAUUGAAUAAAUAUUGCAAAGCUCUCCUGUUCAAGGUAAUCAGGGGUUGUUCACUGUCAAUUGUAUGGACAUCUACAUAUUUAUAUUUGCUAUGCGUCUCGUCAUGUGGAAAAUUGCAGAUUAAGAAUAAACACUCAGCCCUUUAACUAUUAAAAGAACUUUUCAGUUGUCAAAGUGUAAAGUCUGUUGUGUAUUUUAAAAACAAUGUUAAAUCCUAAUGUUGAAAUGUUAUUGAAGUAAAA